AUGGAUUUUUUAGAUGAUUGGUUAUCAAAUAAAUGCUCAGUAAAUGACAUUAAUAAAUAUUUUUUUGGAAUUAGGAACAAGAAAAACAUGGUUGAUAUAAAACUAAUGGAAAAAAUAUUUGGAUUUAUAGUUUAUAAAAAUGGGUGUAUUAUUCCAGAAAAGUUAUUAAAAUCAUGUAGUAAUAGGCUUGGAGUCCCAAUUGAAUAUAUAAGAAAUAGAUUAUUGUGCGAAAUCGCUUUGUUUUAUAUAAAUUAUAAAAAUGAAUACAGAAUUGCAGUAUCUUUAUUCCACAAAACAAUAAAUAAUGACAGCGCAAAAGGUUAUUUUAAUUUAGCUUUAAUCUACUGUAAUAAUAAUAAUUUUGAAAAAGGAAUAGAGUUAUGUGAAAUAGCAGCCAACUAUCCAUCAAAAAUUCAAUUAACCAAUGGUGAAGCUAUUUUAAACCAUAGAGUUUUAGAAGCACAAUACCAUGUAGGUCAUUUAUAUUAUAAAAUUCAAAAAAAUAAAGAGAAGUGUUUAUAUUAUUAUAAAAUGUCAGCAGAUAAUAAUAACCCACGUGCAGCAUAUUUAGUUGGAUGUAUGGCAAUUAAAGGAGUUGGUUGUGAAAAAAAUGAAGAGCUCAGUAAAUACUAUAUUGUUAAAGCAUGCCAAAUUAUAAAAGCAAAACAAAUAAUUAAUAUAUAA